AGCGAUGCCCUCUACGGAUGUAGUGCCGUACAAAUGGCGUGUUUGUGACUUUAUGAUACUAACUCAAAUCGGGCUAACAAAAAUGAACAAGAAGCCACAAGUAGAACGCUCCUUGUUAUGUUUAACGCCAUUUCAUCAAAUCUACGACGUCAACAGGAAAAACGCUUUUUCGUCUGAACUACUUGACUAUGAAUGUAAUUUUUGUACUGAUAAGCGCUUCAUCUCCUUCUUCGAAUGUACUAGUCGUAAGUCAAUUUUUGUGAGUUAAUAAGUAAAUAUAUUUUUUGGCUGCUGGUGCUGUUUUGAUACCGCUCCAUGUUUAUUUUUCCGACUACAUCUGAGGCGAACGGGAAGCAGAAGGAGUACUAACACCGACCAAGGGACGGAAGAUUUCUCUUUCUCGGUUUUUAAGUUUAUUCAUCGCAUCGAAAAGGAGACGUGACGAAAAAAUCGAUGAUGAAAACAUAAACAAGGAAGAUGAAGAUCGAACAUUUAUUUCGCAGUGCGUUUGCGGGCGCACAGGAGGAUCUCUUUCUACUCGACACAUACGGAACGAAGCGGCCGGGCAGGACGACGAGUUUUCGCUUUUUCGCCGGGCCUUGCAAAAGCAAGAUGGCGGCUCUGGUGCAGCUGUGUUUUUGUUUAUCAUCGGCACGACCACGGCAAUUCAAAUUCAUCCUGUUCCUCACGGGUAGCUUGUUCCCAACGUCAACCUGGGGUGUAGGCUUUCUUGAGCGCGUGGAAAUCGCAGCUGCAUCUUCGGAUGUACCAGUAGAGACCGCUCCCGCUGUUAAAAACGAUAUUGAACGCAGCCCGAGAAGGGAGCUACAAACCGAGGAAAUGCAGCAGCAGCGGGAAGAGUUUCGUCCACACAUUGGCACGGAUGCAACGCACCGGGACAGGGUUCCCCUCGCCGCUAUCCUGGGGCCUGCGGGGGAAGAAUCUUCGUCUUCCUCGUUAACAGGAAAGCCAGAUGAACGAGAGGACGAGAGUGUUGACCUGCGCGAUCAACUGGGAGAGGACCGCGAUGGGACGAAUAAACAAGAGGAAGCAAAUGAACAUUUCUACCGGGACAAAGCGAAGGAGGCACUGGAAGAAUCUUACGCGGACGUCGCUGACCUAGCACACACAGCAGAAGUUGCAGAGCAAGUAGAGCUAGAGCAAGAAGCGGCGAUACAAGGAACAAACGCAUGGCUCGUCGACAAAGUACUGAAAAAAUCUUUGAAAAAAUCAUUUCCGUCGUUUGCCAGAAACAAGAAAACCACGCCUACCGCACAAAAUGGAAAAUCUCCCGGCCGGGGACGCGACGAAUUCCCGGAAAAAGAGGAGGAAGACCCACAGACUCUGGACCCAUCAAGACCUAGGAAUGCUAGCAGUACUGCACAGGAGGAGCACGAGCAACGUGAUCAAAAAACUGCACAUCGAACAACGCCGCGCACUGAGGAAAGUGAAAGCGCACAGGAUGCUGAAGAGCAGCUCUGGGACCAGGUCGGAAAAUCCGAAUACCCGAGAAAAAAAGAACGGGUGCCAGUGUAUUGAACUUUUAGCACGAGGAGGAGGAACGAGGACCACUAGUUGCUGUCCUAGGAUGUUGAGCCACGACAUGCCCCCUUUGCCAUGCAUCCGUGACAGCAUAUAACCAUUUUCAUUUUGAUUUUUCAUUGCACUUGGCGUAUCUAUCUUGUAAAAAUGAGCCUAUACUUUAAUUGAGCGGUGAUUUGCGUUGAGCAACAUGCAACACACGUCAUCGAUGGCGUAUGUCUAUCUCUAGAUAUAGAAAGUUCCUCCCGUAUGCGCACCGAUUGCAAUUGCAUGUUGCUCGGCCAUAAAAGUUCUUUGCUGCGCCUACACACUUUUCUCGUCGAUAUGCAAAUCGGUCCGCCGGGGGACGAGGACGGCAGUGAGUUCUCGAACGAAGAAGACGCAAAACGGGCUCGCAUGCUCAACGAGAUGAGGUUGCGUGACGAAACGCUUUCUGGCCGCGGGUUGAAGCUGCGACUCGUGGUAAACUCGGAUGGAGAGGCGGAAGUGGAAGAUGAAGGCUAUCCACCCGGAGCAGAACAAGCAGCUCCCCCAAGACUGGACGGACGAGUAGAAAAUGACCGUGCAACACUGGAAGAUGAGCGUGAUAGUGAAGAUACUGGGGAACUCUCCGCGUUUGGCACGUACUACACCUAGCUUUUUCAUUCGUAAAUCUACCGAAAGAGGCUCUAAGUUCAAAUACUUCAACUUCAUUAGCUCAAAAAUAAAUUCAUUUUCAAAAGAAAAGUGGCAUAAUUUAGGCCCACAAACUUAAACAAAUGACAAAUGGGUCAAAAGGUGCGAAGUUAUGGCGCACCAGUUCCCGUGUGAGGAAUCGGAAAUCCGAGGAUGCGCAGAAUUGGCUCCGGCAUGCCCUAGGUCGUUCCUGCUUUCUCAGAACGCGCCCCAUCUUUGUCUUCGCCACAUCAGGAAUCUGAUCCACAUCACGGGAAAUAAGUGUAGAAAGAGAAACUGCGGAAAUUUUAGGGAAUUCUUGCGGUGCUCCUUUAGGUUGAAGCGCACCGAACCUCUGCUACGCUAGGGCUAGACUACCUCCAGCCAGAGCACCUUGAUGGAGCGUGAGCUUAGUUACGGAUGCACCUCGGUGCAUCAUUUUCGAGUAAGUGACGGAAAGGACGAGAGUUCGAUGGAAAAGGGCUAGCAGAUCCCUGGUAAGCUAAUGCAAGGCGGCACGACUGGACCCGCAUUCAAGGCGGGGGGCGUGCCAGGAUUUUUCUUUCGAUUGGCUGGACCCAGUCUAGUUUGACUGUGGGGCCGAUGUAGGUUUGGCAUGGUAACGGCCGUAGGCGGCAGGGCGACGGCUGGACCUGGUCGUGAUGAGGUGACCAGGGGCCGGGAUCGCGGAAACUCUCUUGAGGUUAGGGCUAGGCUAGGCAGCUCUGCUUCCCGGAGCAGGACAUCAGGGCCCGCGGGGCAAGGCAAGGACCGUAUGCGCGGAAGGUCUCGGAGGCUGGCACACGAUUAUCAUUUUUCACUUAUUUUCCUUUUACUUUUUAUCUUCACUAGCCCGGGACUGGGAGGGCGCUGGCAUUGGUGUAGGGAUAGGCACGGCUAUGGUCAUGGAUGGUGGUGCGACGACUGGACCCGGUCCCGGUGGGGGGGCUGGGGGUCGGGUUCGCUCAAAUUCUCCGAUGAAAAGUCUAGGCUGCUCAACUUCGCGGAGCAGGGCGUCAGGGUUCAGGGACAAGGCAUGGCUGGCACGCACAGCGACUUCGGUGUUGCUAUUUAGUACCGGGGGCACGGCUAGGAGGGAGCCGGGAACUAGGCACUAUGGUAGUGCUCUCGCGCACGACACGGUUAGGAGACAAGCGUAGAGCUCUUGCUUAUUGCCUACGUUGUUGAUUGUGAUUUAUUAUCCCUUCGCCCUCACUAGGUCGGAAGCACGGGGGUACUGGGUAGGCUGAUAGAGGUCUUGUCGCGCUGCUUCGGUUGCGCGCGCGGGUAACUAAUGCGAGGAUGUCGCAGGGAGUGGAAAGCUAGCGUGGCCUUGGCUCAUAAUCAGCGGUAUGAAUAGCGGCAGGCGAAGACGUCGCACGUUCUUGCGAAGUACGGACAGGCUUGGCUCUGGUGGUUUGGUUGGUGCAGGGUUUAAUCUCUGGCAUGGUGUGGGGCCACAGACACGGAUUGGCAGCUGCAUAGCAGUGGUUGGGGCCCACACGGAUUGGCAUGGUGUGGGGCCUACUCCUAGCAGGUCUAGGUAGGCGUGGCCCUUAGUUGUUCGCAAGAAGGUUGCAAUGGGUUUGCUUGCUCUCCUCUCCUGGUUUUUCACGGUCUCCCAUGUCGUGUCCGGGCUGGUUCAGCGCGUCCCUUUUCAUUUGGCAGGGCUCUUACAGUUACACCUCGGAGUACAAGGGACUAGGGUAGGUGGUUUGGAACUCAGUGCUCUCCAUGUCAGAGCACCUCGAUGGGUCUGGAACUCAGAGCAGCUCUCCGGGGUCUAGGGUAGUGGCUCCAGUCAGAGCACCUUGAUGGAGCGUGAGCUUAGUUUGAACUUUAAGGCCGGUGAAUUUCCAGUGAUUUUUGAAGGCGGUCCUGUGUCACCAUUCGGCUUUCAGGGUAGUCGUGGUCUGCGAAAUGGAAGGCAAAAACAGAAGUCGCCCCGCCCGUUAUGAUCCCUGGCAUGGGUCAAUCCGUUUGGAUGAAAAUCCGCACCACGCAACACCCUUGGCAGGCGGCUACUUUUUUCUUUUUUGCUGAAGUUGAGUCGUUUGGUGGCUUCAUGACUUUGAAUCCUUCAGCUUCAACUCUCAGCUUCCGUGUUUCAAUUUUGGGCAAGAAAGACAAGGGGAAAACAACAGCACCAUCGGGAAAGGGCUGCUUUUCAAAGCGAAACGCCAUGCUAUGGCAAUGAUGAUUUUUUUGUGAAAAAUCGUCGAUGCGUAGUACCGUGCUGCUUGGCGCCAAAAACCUGCUUAAAAGUACCCCCUUUCUCGAUGGUAUGCUGCGAUCGGUGAAUUUGGCGGUGAAUUUAGAAACGGCAUGCUGGUGAAUUUAGGAAAUUUCGGCAAUUUCCUAAAUUCACCCCGAGCUGAUUCUGGAUUCCAGACCAUCACCAAAUCGGCGCUCGUUUUCCUCUCGUUUCCAAAUUCACCGGAGCCGAAAAACCAAAUCCAAAACGGCCGCCCCGCAUUUGCUUCAAAAAAUGCUAACCCUUUGGCGCAUGCACGCAAAAAUACGAAAGCAACAAAAUGCAAGCACGCCACAAGGUCGCGCAAGACAUUGAAUUGCUGCGAUUUGCCGAAGCAGAGAGCAUCUGGCAGACCCAGACCACCGAGCCCGGCAAGCCAUCCGCAGCACCCACAAAACAAAAAGUAACCACGCGAAGCUACUUCGCAACUCAUCACCCGGGGGAUAGGGCGCUGACAAUGCAGCUACACACUGCGGCGCCCCAUCCCGUUUUUUUUCCCGGGAAAAAUUCCGUCACCACCGGGAGCCAUUUAAGCGUUAGGUCGCCCCGGCUUCUUCAUCGGGUGGAUGUCGAUACUUGCGGGAAAGAGUAUUCGCGGAGCCACUAUCAAACUCUUGCAGGCCCCUAAAAUCACCGGAAAUUCACCACAGAGAAAUCUAAUGGCCAUCCAAGCUGUAAUAGACUACCUCCAGUCAGAGCACCUUGAUGGAGCGUGAGCUUAGUUUGAACUACAUUCUCCCUGGAUUUGCUUGUGUUUGCGCCUGGGUACUAGUGUUGGAGCCCUCGGCUGGCGUGGUUGUAGAUUCUUAUUCGUUUUCAUCUCGGUGGGCGACGUUUCGGAAAUCGAUUUACUAAUUGUGAAAGCUAAGGCAACCCGGAAAAUUACAUACAGGCGACUUUACAGUGCGGAUGUUGAUGCAGUCCAUCCUGAAGAGGAAAAGGAGCGUGCGAGAGACGCACAAGUAGAACACGAGUUGUACGCCACUGAAUCGAUCAACUUGAUCGGAUCCGUAAAACCGCGUAUGCUCCAACCUGAGCAGGUGCCAACCAUGCAAUUUGUCACUUGGCGCCUCACCACCGGUAGCAUUGACUACGAAACUAUCCACAAAAAAAACCCAUCACGACCAUCCAAUUUGUCAUGCAAAACAUGAUGCAUAAAAUUUAAAUCCACUGCUUUUCAUGCAAAGAAUGGAUGGGGAUGGGUGUUUUCUGCUGGAUAAAAACGGAAAAGUGCUCCAUCUUGGAGCUGGCACAAAAGGCAGCGGAUAUUCGGGAAAAAUACCAGAAGAAUCCUGUGGAAUGGUCAGCCGAAGAAGUACUGAAGGUGCUCCGGGGGGCCCAUGCCAUAUCGAAGGAGCCAUGUGGUCCACCGUUGCGUUCUACCUUACUUGUUUGCUCUUCAUGCAGCUCCAGAAAAUUUCUGCUCAUGGUGCGUCAUGCCCGCGUGGGUCAUUCUUCUAAAAGAUAUGCAUAUGGUGAAUAAGGCAUGCUGACAGCUUGCUCCGGUGGAAGAACCAAGGCAAGCGCAAGACCGCCGGCGCUUGAGCUGCAAGACACUUCUGUAUACUGAAGGAUGUAGAUGAAGCAGAAGAUGUAGUCACUGACUACGUGAGCAGAAGAAGAUGUUGACGCAAAAACGUAAACAUUGAAAAACAAAACUCUGAUUUGUAUAAUUGAAAUGCAAUGAAGACCUUGCUGCCGAUCAUGCUUGUUCGGUGGCUGCUACGGGGGACGCUUUGGUUUCCUUCCAUAGGCCACGAGGUUUGGUGUUUGUGCGGACGAAUAUGGGCAGCCUGUCGAGCAGUUCUCCGAGAGUGAAGAAGGAUCUUCACGCAGCGGGAGAAGUGCUUCAUCUUCCUCGUCCAGCGACGAUGCUGAUAACUCCACCGCCAAACUGGGUGUCGGCUCCUCGGCCAAUUGCACGAACGAAAAGCAAGUCUCCAUCUGCGACGCGCGUAUGGUUGGCCAGACCUGGACCCAGGACGUUCUGCUCGCGAUGGAAGAUCCAGACGACGAUGAAGAAGAUGGGCAGAGCGAGGAGACGGGCUCUGACGAUGCUGAUGACCCGGCUCUCCUUCUUCAGGAUGAAAAAAUGGGAACCCCCACAGAUGACGAUGGACAUCAGUCAUCUUUGGAGACGCUGACAAGCACGCCGCCUUCCAGAAAAUAUUCGCGAAAAAUCCGACGGCGAUCCUCACGGAAAAGAAGAACGAAAACCAAACGCACACAUCGUGCUCAUCGGAGCAACAAAAAAACUAUCAAGAGAGAAGGCAGUAACAAGAAAAAAGCUCGAACAAAGAACAAGCAGGCACGCCCGCACUCCUUCAAGACGAAGAAUAAGAAACCUGUUUCGCUAAACAAGAAUAUCGCGCAGAGUGAACGGAUGGCAUCCGUUCACUUCUCCAGCGAGAUCGAAAGAAACGAAAGAAAUGCUGUCGGUGUUGGUGUUCACGAAAAUUCCGAGGACGCAGCUUUGGACGAACUGCAGGACGAAGGUGGGGACGACCUGGAAGAUUCGUCUUCCCGCCCAGAUGUGCAAGUAGUACCCUCGACCUCAAAUGAUUUUUGGGUGCAAUAUGGGAAGCUCGCCUACAGCGGUAUCGAGCUUCGAGGGUGCCGCAUCAUGGCCAAGCACAUCGUCUCAGAAUACUACCCGGAGGAAACUCGCGUGGAGCGCACCUACUGGUGUUACACGAAGGACGAGAACGUUGAGAUUCUAGUGCGGAUCUGGCAGAUGACCGAAACUGGCGGAAUCCCAGUGAUCGACCCCCAUCAGACCGAAAAGUUUUAUCGCAGGUAUCUCGCUUUCGACAGCCUCACUCAAGUGCCGCCCCGCCCCGUGGCCCACAGCCUCUACAAGAAGAUCCUCCAUCUGAUGCACCUAACCGGCAAGCACAAUCUUCGUCGGAAGACAAGUCAAGACUUCGCGAGCAACAUUUUUGGAGAAAAUCCAUUGAAUAUGCAACUCCGCAAUCGCAAAAAUAAGGGCUCCUUCGACAGCUCUCUAUCUGCAAAUUCUUCGACUGUGGUAACCGGUAGCGGAAGCGGCUCGUUUUUGAGUACUUCUUCAACUAGUACUGGGAAGAACUCGACAAGCUUCCAGAUCGAGCGUGAGGAGGAAGAUGAUCGAGAUGCUGAUGACUUUCAAGAGCGCGAUCUUCUAGCUGCUGAUCGGUCUUCUACUUCUCCCGAGCCCGUUGGGUCUUCGCCUUUGAAGAACUCUUAUUCAGAGCACGACGGGGUGAUGGCAACACAAGCAAAUUUCGGAAGCGGGCUCGCUGGACCAGAUGAUGGCUACUCAAUAAAUGCUGGAGGAACUUCUACAACAGAGAAGAUGUUCUCGAACAACUACAACAAGAUUAAGAAGUCGCAUGAUAAGCCGACGUCGAGUGAGGGGAAAACUUCCACAAGCAGAAGCAGUACAACAAGAACAACUGCAACUGGACGAACUGCAUCAGACGAAGAUCGACUUCAUCAUAUCGCAGAGCCGUCCUCUGCCAGCCUGGUGCCAUCUAACGCGGUUCUUGAUGACCCCGACAAAUUCAUCUUCGAGAAACUGGAAAGCGAGAGCAUCGUUGAGGCCGUUUUGCAUGACCCAAAAAUCGAUGCGGCAGAAAUCUCACGAGCUGUGGAUUUGCUCAAGGCGAAAGAGAAGCAGGAUCCGGCGGAAGAUCAGCAUGAAGCUCUUCAUCUUCGUGAGCUGCAGGCCCGCGGCCCGAAUCACCCAUCUGCUGCUGGGAUACUUGUGACAGAUCCGGCUCCUUCGGCUUCUACUUCCAAUUCUGUAACAGGUUCCACCUCGGGAGGUCCGAGGAUAUGGGAUGACGAGCAUGAGGGUAGAACAACAACAAGCGGAAGGAACGACCAUCACGAGACGGAACAAGAAGGUCCAGGGCCAGGAGAGCAGCCGCGGACGACCCUGGCGGGGAAGGCGAGGGCCAUGGUGCUCCGUGGCGCAGCGGGAGCUCAGCGCAUGAUGAACAAGAUGAAGCAGGGCGCACGUGAGCUGAAAAAGGUCACAAAGCGCGGGUCGAAGCGCAUCUUUUUGAAAGCGUUAUUCUUAGCUCGGCGCGCUUACAAAGCAGAACCCAUUACCAAGGCCGCAACCACUAUCAGACGCGACGCCACUACUUCUAGGUGUGUCUCCUGAGUCUGGAAAAGAAAGCAGAAAAUUGCGAUCAGCCUGCCUUGUUGAUGUUGCACGGUACUAGGUUCUUGUAGCUAUGAGUCCCCUGGCCAGCAUCAAGACAGUCCUCUUUGUAGAAUUUUUAUGACGCAGCACACGCGGCACUGAUGUGUGAUUAUACUCGAUCAGGUUCGAGAAGUGCAGGCCAAAGUUUGCUGCAUUUCCAUUUCUCCAGACCCAGGCAUCACGAUCCAUGUUUGCAGCGCAUAUAGAAACUCAAGCACAUGACGUCGCCGGCGUCCGCGCCGAUACGGAGGUUGGGACAGAAAGUCGAGGAUUUCGUCGUAGGUACCUCUGGCAAAGAGGAGAACGUGGAUAUCAUAUGUCGAAACUUCCCCAGCACAGACAACUUUGAUCCAAAUAUAUUGCUAGAAGAUUGUGUCCGCGUCCGCGACCCGGAACUUUGCAUGUUAAUGUGGAAGUCGAUAUGCUCUAGGAUGACAAAAAUAAAUGGAACAGCCCAAAAGGUGGUUGAUGUGUAUUUUAUAUUUACUUUUUGUUUUCUCGGAGCAAUAGCAAAGAAUAAGAAAAGAGGGGGAACUCUUGUCCACCCGGCCAGGCGGACAAUAGUCCACCCGAGGCCCUCUUUUUUUAUUUUGUUAACCCGCACACGCUCAUCAUCAUCACUAAAAGUAAAAGCUAAAGUCAACAUUAUCUAUCUACUAGUUCUAAAAGACGUCGCCAGAGCGCUACAAAUUCUGAGAAGUCAAAGAUUAAGUCCCGGAUUUAUUGUAGAUGCUGAGGCGGAAGUGCGUGCGCGGUAUAGAUGACGUGGAGCUCCGCGCGAAUCCUGAGAAGUUUGUGCCGCGGGCGGAGAUUGUGGCGGAGCUGUGUCGAGCGGAGGUACGGACGUUGGUCUCGCAGUGGAUCCGCCUACCGGUUGUACUACUUGCCCCAACAUUGGUUUACUGGUUCGGAAGUGGCGCCGCUCGGGUGUUGAGGAUGCUUUCUCCGGGCGCCUUCCACUGGCUCACAGACCAAGACGGAUGGAGCCAAUAUUUUACGCAAUGGGCAACUAAGCAAAAAAAAAAAUAACCCAUCAUGAUCUUUGCUAUCACAAUGAUAAUGGAAUCUUCAUGCGCACGCAAAAUUAUGCAUUUUAUUUCUCCGAAGGCGAAGGAGGAGCGGCAGCCAUGAGGAUGAGGUAGAGGUUCUAAAGGUGAAGACGAAGACUAUCAGUAUGGCGAGUAAAUCAGAAGAGAAGGUCAAGUUUUGAUGCAUGCAGAUGAUUGUGAAAAUGUAAAUGAUGUUGAUGGUUCAAUAUUUCCUCUAGAUAGCCAUUUUCCAGUGGAUGAUCACCACAAGUGGGCCCGCUACCGUGAAUCAACUUUUCAUCGAUGUGUCGACCAGGCUAGUUACCUGGGUCCAUUCAGGAGCGUACGCUGCUAUCAGGGCUGCGCUACACAAUUCCGUGCCGGAAGUGGCGGACGCAAACAUGAACCAAGACAAAAGGAAGACCCAAGAGGCGGCACAAGAUGAAUCGCAAGAUAAGCCGGGCAUGCCACAGAGCCUGGCAUCCGACAACAUGAAUUUGCCUGGCGGUGCUGCCGGGAAGGUGGACGGCACCGAGCGCCGUCUCAAACGGCCCGCUGCCCUCGAGAAGCAGGUCCCGUCACCAGAGAUGGACCUCGUUGCUACCCCGGAAACAACUGAAAUAAAAGACGUUCCGAAUCAUGGCGGCUCGGUUCUUCUGGCGAGCGAGAAGAGGAAUCGCAAACAAGAGGAGGACGAUCCUGGACAUCAUAGAAGUCCGCUGGUAUUUUUAAAUUCAGCAGCCUUGCAGCGCAUCGUUGACAACCACGACAAGAAUCGCGAGUAUCUGGAGGAACAAGCAAACAUUUUUGCGCCCGUCCUCUCGGAGAUCAUGCCAGAUCAAGUAUUGACUGGUCGUGAUGGAGGUGCUGGCCAUGACGAGGACGACCAAGUAGACCAGCAUAAUGGCGAGAGAAACGAGGAAAGUACCGGUGCCAGUUCGCUGCCAAAAAAAGAGUCCGUGGUGGCGUCUUCUUCUUCCUCUAGCGCCGACCACCUUUCUACUUCAUCGGCAAUUUCGUCGUCCACGAGAAGUGGUGCAAGAACCAACAGUUCAUCUGCUCUAUCAUCAACGUCCUCAACAGCGACGGGGAACAACAGCACCGGUUCCAGCGUUGGUGACCAUGUCCCCGUCGGCGGAGAAAAUAAUUAUAGUGAAAAACAAGGAGGUGGAGAAGAUGAAGACGACGACCUGGUGCUUGCUAGCUUUUUGGAAAUGGCCCGGGAGCAUAUCCACAAAAAAAGACCCAUCCCCAACCCCAUCCACUUGGUGGAAGUUGACAGGGUUCUACGAGGAGCUAUUUCGGGUGUCUAUUGUCCAUUUUUUGCAUGACAAACAGUGGAUUGUAUGCAUGUUUAUGUUUUGCAUAAGAAAUAAUUGGGUGGGGAUGGGUGUUUUUUCCGGGAUGGAGCACGAGGGUUUGCUACAUGCACUCGCCUUCGAGCAUCGUUACUACCGCAACGGAAUAGAGCGGUAUGGUACGGCAAGAACCACGACCACUCGGAGUAGAGGAGCCUCGUCGUCCGCUUCAUCACCUUCGGGGGGCGUUUCUGAGUCAUCUGCUUUCGACGAAAUAAGCCUUUCAGAAAGCGUUCGUCGAACAAGACAAAGAACUACUGCCGGCUCCUUGUUCAACACCACCCAUCAAGGUGGAGACAUGGCGACUUCCUCGCACCAGCUCGUGGACGAAGAACAGGGCAACGACGAGUCUGCUGCAGCCUCGUUAUUUCUCGAAGAGGCAGCUGCUUCAGCAGCGUCUUUUCUGUUGACGAAGGCUGAAGAAGCAACUCCGACACGUCGCAACGCAGCUGGUACGGAGGUCGUCGCGCAAGACGCGACAACAACACCUCCGAGGAGCCGGAUCGGAGCGCUUCGGCAGAAGAUGGCUACCCUGAAGAACAAAGCGUCGGAUGUCAUGGCAAGCGUUGGCAAAAAAAUACGCCAAGGAAAACCGGCAUGGCUCGAAAAUUUGCAAGGAUAUAUCAGCUACCUGCGUAAACGGAUGAGAAUCAUCUAUGACGCCACGUUGAAGGGGUGUCUGCAAGUAUCUUCUCGAAAAUUGCCCGCAGCUUACUGGUCGUGCUGGAGUGCCAUACAUAUGCUUAUGCAUGAUCUUCGGGCUGUUCCCGGCGAAUGUUUUUUUUUGCCCAUGAUGCCGACUCCGUGCACUCAUGUCUAUUGCUGUCAUGUUGUUCUUUCUUGU